CAAUUUUGGGAAGUUAAAUCCCCUUUUACGUUCGACGUACUCCCACUUUUUCAUUCGGCCCCAAACCGAGAAAAAAAAUAUUGAGAAAAAAGAAAAAAAAAUGGAGCCAAAUAAAAAACUGGGGGCCGUAUUGAUCAUCACGGUUUCUGCUCUGUUCGCCCUCUUCGACCCUGUCGAAUCCGAAUGUGUUCCUCUCGUCAAUUCCUACGUCGCCAGAUCUCUGCUCCCGGUUUUCCCGCAGUCGAACACUGGAUCUCCGUCUCCGACUCCUUCGCCGGAUAUUCUCGCACCGUCACCGGAGAUUGUCGCGCCAUCGCCGGAGAUUACCGCCCCGAAAGCGAGUCCACCCGCGGUUCCAACGUCGCGGAAAGAAUCUCCGGGGGCUGCUCCAGCCGGGUCCAACUCUCCGACGAAACCUCCGGCGAAAUCUCCGUCGCAGAGCAAACCCAUGGCUCCGUCGCCGAACGAGCCGUUGAUUUCUCCGGGAAAGAUUCUGAAUCUGAGCCAACAAUUGUUACCCCCGGAAUUUAAAAACAUCUGCGAGAAAACAGAUUUUCCCGCCCUCUGCGAAUCCUCGAUCCAGCCUCUGGUAAAGGGGGAGAUCAAAAUCGAUCCGGAAUCGGUUCUUCUCCUGGCGAUCCAGGCGUCGAUCGAGGCGACAAAGAAGGCAUUGAUCACCGCCGGAGAAGUGGCCGACGCCGCCGACUGCAAGGAGCUAUACGACGACGCCGUUAUGAACCUGGAGGACGCCGUUAACGCCGUUAAGUCACGUGACCCAGAUACCGUUAACAGCGACCUGAGCGCGGCUCUGACGGAUUACAGCACGUGCAACGACGGGUUCGAGGAGACGGGAGAGCCGAAUCCGUUAGCUGACGUGGGCGACAACCUGAUGAAGAUGGCGAGCAACUGUCUCGCUAUCGCCACGUUGGUUAAGUGACAAUUUAUGAUGAAUACGGCGUCGUUUUCAGGAAUCAUCGGACGACGUCGUUUUAUAAAGGGAACACGAUUAGGCUUCUGUAACAUAUACAGAGAUAUAUUUUCUUACACAUAUCUCUCUUUCAUGUCU